AAGUACCUACCUACCUACCUUACCUUACAUUCCCACAUACGGAUAACAUACCUCUCCAAAGAUACGAUAAUUGCUCCGUACCGCUGGCCCUACACGUCUCUUUCCGCGUUCCCUCAAGAUCCCGACCUCAAGUCCCUCAAGUCCCUCCGUCUCCAGUCUCUCGCCUCGCUCAGGACCCACGAUCUUGUUCCGCCUCGAUCUGUUCCUCGUGUCUCUUGCGCGCUCUCCUGAACCAUUCCCUCUCUCUCUCUCUCCCGCCCUCUGCCACGGCCUACUUCUAGACAUCCUCAUUUAUCAGUUCGCACGCACGUAGAAAGUAGCAAACACUUCUGUCCUCUCGUCCUUCUGCCACAACAGACUUUGCUGCUACCACACCUCCAACUCCAACCCCAACUUCAAGCCGCGAGCUUUCGUCCCAUCCAUCGCCAUCCAAAGUCAAUUGGUAGCUUCAUUGCACCCGCGCAUUCUCACCCUCUUAUCUCAAUCCACAAUGGCGUCGUCCAACGAAGCCGUGACCAUCGAGUCGCUACCCGAGCUUCUCAAGAAUGACAACAAGGUCAAGCUUGCCGGUAUCGAUGUCGACGGCAUGCUCCGAGGAAAGCUGGUGUCCAAGAACAAGUUCCUGUCCGUCGCCAAAUCGGGCUUUGGCUUCUGUUCUGUCAUCUUUGGCUGGGAUAUGCACGAUAUGACGUACAUCAAGGAGCUCAAGAUCAGCAACGCCGAGAACGGCUACCACGAUCUGAUUGCCAUCCCUGAUCUCUCUAGCUUCCGCCGCAUACCCUGGGAGGAUAAUGUGCCCUUCUUCCUCGUCAGCUUCUUCGACCCGGAUACCCAAGAGCCCAUUUGCGCGUGCCCUCGUGGUCUGCUAAAGAAUGCUCUAGCCAAGUUGCAAGCCAAGGGCUACGGUGCCAUGGCUGGAGCCGAAUACGAGUUCUACCAAUUCAAGGCGCCUACCCGCUCCGCCGAAACCUCGAGCUCAACGGCCGGAUACUUGCAAGAGAACCCCCCGCAAGCUUUGCCGUCCCUAACAGAGGGCAUGUUUGGCUACAGUUUGACCCGGACGGUGCACAACAAGGACUACUUCUAUGACAUUUUCGAGACUUGUUCUCAGUUCAAGUGUGAUAUCGAGGGUUGGCAUACGGAGAGUGGCCCUGGUGUCUUUGAGGCCGCGCUUGAGUUUGGAGAGAUUGCACAGAUGGCCGACAGAGCAAGCUUGUUCAAGUACGUUGUCAAGUCGGUCGCAACGAAAUACGGCAUCACGCCGUGCUUCAUGGCGAAACCAAAGCAGGGCUUGCCUGGAAACAGCGGACACAUGCACGUUUCCAUUGUCGAUAAGGAUGGCAAGAAUCUUUUCGCUCGGGAGACGAUGGACGAGAAUGCGCCGUACCCCGACGUCGCCAAUCUCUCCGACCUGGGCCGGCAUUUCCUGGCCGGCUUGCUGGAGGGUCUUCCAGAUGUCAUGACCAUGUUGGCGCCAACAGUCAACUCCUACAAACGCCUUGUCGAGAACUUUUGGGCGCCAGUGACAGUAUCAUGGGGCUUGGAGCACAGAGCAGCAUCAAUUCGCCUCAUCGCCCCACCGACAUCGAAGCCUGGCGCAACGCGAUUCGAAGUUCGUGUCCCGGGCGCAGACACCAACCCUUUCUUCGUUCUGGCGGCAAUUCUUGCCCUCGGAUGGCGGGGUGUGGAGAAGAAGCUGGAGAUCCCCGUCCCGCCUUUGGGCAAGGGCGAGGAUGUUGGCGGUAAAGCUGACAAGGGCGUGCGGCUUGCAAAGAGUCUGCGUGAAGCAAAUGAUCGAUUCAUGCGAAAGGAGAGCAUUGCAAGAGAAGUGUUCGGUGAUGACUUUGUCGAUCAUUUUGGUGGAACAAGAGAUCACGAAAUUCGGGUCUGGGACGAGGCUGUGACAGACUGGGAGGUAAAACGGUACAUCGAAACGGUCUAGUCGUUGGGAGUUUGGCGGAGCGCGUUUUUCUACUACCUACUUGUUUGGACUUUUUUAAGAUAUUUUAUCCCAUAUCGGAUCAGCCCGGGAAAGACGUCAAGCCACGCGACUAUGGAGCUCGUCGAAGCCCUUGCCGUCUCACGAGAUGGACGGGGGUCACCGUCACAUUUCCACUUCCCUUGCCUUGGCUGCGCAUCCUCACCUACUUUGCCCGGCGUUGUUCAAAGGGACCCUAUCUAGAUACCCUCUUCAAAUGCCGACAUAUUGAUAUACGUAUGAGCAGCGCCAGCCGCGGCUGUUUAGCCAUCUGAUAUUGGCUGGCGAAAUCGUGUUCGAGAAAGGCUUUUGCUGUGCAGGGUGAAGGAUAACAUGGAGGUGAGGUUGAUUGGUGAUGUGGGAUGCACCUUUUGUGACAACUUGGUGCGUUGGUGCAUAACGGUGACGAGCGAGCGAACCACUGAUCCAAUCCCAGAAGGGGGGCGCUCGAAGCUUAUGUUGAGACCCAUUACCUCUGAGCGGCGCGCCGAGGUGCCUUUCAACUGGGUCGUACAUGCAAAUGAUGUGAUGGAGCUGGCGUACGAUUUGUUGGCUGCUGCGAGUGGUCACAUCCCUUUCAUUGGCUUGCGAUAGCUGAGUUGAGGCCUCAUGUCGGUCAAGUUCGCCGCCCGUGACAAGUUGGAGACGUGAGUCAAGAGAGAGGCUCAAGUUCGUUGGUCGCGCCGCUGCUGCGCUACCCCUCUCCUCCCCUCUCUCAGAGGCAAUGCCAGACAGGGGACGCUGCAGCAGCAACCGGAAGCUCCGAUGCGAGUGAAAGCUCGGUGUCCAUUCAUUCUCAAGCUGCACUCUGCAAGGUCCUCUUAAACUGUGUUCAUGAAAAGCCAACGACUGGUGAGGUGGGAAACACUGUCUUUGUGGGCGGCGUU